GUUAAGGCUUUACAGUCAGCGGAGUUUGAUGUACUGAAACACGAUGCCACAAAGUCUACAGUUCCAGUGUACAGUGCAAAACGAAAGUACCAAGUUGACUGUUCUUUUGUUUUUGUUGAAGGAAGGAAGCUCACAGCUACGUAGUCUGUUUUAAUGAUUAUGAACGAUUUUAUUAGUGGCAACGAAUAUGUGAAGAGAACUCAGGUGGAGAAACCAGACCUACCUUUAACUAGCUGUGUGUCUAUAAGGAGUGAUAACUCAAUGAUCUAAACUCCUGUGAGAAAGAGAAGAGAUGGAGAGACCAGACUCACCUUCACCCAGUCAUUCGUCUAUGAAGAGUGACAGCUCAAUGAUUCAGCCAUUGCGUUUCAGUGACGAAGACAAGAGGAUACAGAUGGAGAGACCAGACUCGCCUUUAGCCAGCCAAGCAUCUAUGAAGAGUGACAGCUCAAUGAUACAACCACUUCGUCUCAGUCAAACAGAAAAGAGAUGCAGUUUACAUUUUCUAACUCAGGCGGAAGGACCAGACUCGCCUUCACUCAGCCAUGCAUCUAUGAGGAGUGACAGCUCAAUGAUACAACCUCUUCGUUUCAGUCAGACAGACGAGAGAACUCAGAUACAGAGACCAGACUCGCCUUCACCCAGCCAAGUAUCUAUGAAGAGUGACAGCUCAAUGAUUCAACCACUUCGAUUCAGUGCAACAGACACAAAGACACAUGAGACAGAGGCUGCAGCAGUGGAAACCAGUGACAUAAAUAAGGAACGAUGUCAGUACCAUGGAAGAGUUCUAGAUAUGUUCUGCAGGACUGAUCAGAAUCCUAUCUGCAAGAGCUGUGCUAUACAGGAGCACAGAGACCAUAAAAAGCAUUACACAAAGGUUACACCAAACACUUUGUCUGCUCUGCAAAAUAUGUUGAGUAGCAUGACGGCAGAUACAUUCAGAGCUUUGAAAAACCACCUCUGCCGAGAAUACCCAGAGUGCUUUGAGAGUCUGGAAGAUGAUUUGGACCCUAAGGGUGUUGCUGAAAGAAUGAUGGAAAGCUUCUCUGGAGAAGACACUUUGAAAGUCACUGUUCAUUUCCUGACUCGAAAUACACCACUUGUAAUUUGCAUGGAAACAGUGAAGACAAAACUCAGAAUCAAAUUUAAACAUUUACAUGAAGGUAAUGAACAGCUGGGACAGCAGUCCAUAUUAGAGGACAUUUACACACAGCUCUAUAUCACUGAGGGUGGAACCGGAGAGGUAAAUAAUGAGCAUGAAGUAAGGCAGAUUGAGGCUGCAGCCAAGAAUCUCUACGCACAAGAAACUCCACUUGAUUUGAGCAACAUCUUCAAGGCACAAAAGCAUAUUAAAACAGUUCUGACCAAAGGGAUAGCUGGAGUUGGUAAAACUGUCUCUGUGCAGAAGUUUGUUCUUGAUUGGGCAGAAGGUCAGUCCAAUCAAGACUUCCACCUCAUUCUUCCACUUUCUUUUCGCGAUCUAAACCUUGAGAGGGGACGAGUCUGCAGCCUGAUGGGCCUUCUCCAGCACUAUUUUCCAGAAAUUAAAGAGAUUGAAAAACUUGAGAGUGAGAACAUUAAAUUCUUGUUAAUUCUGGAUGGCCUGGAUGAGUGCAGACUGUCUUUGGAUUUCCAGAACAGCCAAAAAUGGUCUGACAUAGCAAAGCCAACUACACUAAAUGUGCUUCUUGUAAAUCUAAUUCAGGGCAACCUACUCCCCUCUGCUCAUCUCUGGAUCACUUCCCGUCCAGCAGCAGCUAACCAGAUUCCCAAAGGUUGUGCUCAACGAGUUACUGAAGUUAGAGGGUUUCAGGAGAAACAGAAAGAGGAGUAUUUCAGGAAGAAAUUCAAAGAAAAGCAUGUUGCAGACAAAAUCAUUGAACACAUCUGGUCUUCACGGAGUCUUCACAUUAUGUGUCACAUUCCAGUCUUCUGUUGGAUUUCGGCAACUGUUCUUGAAACCUUUCUGAAGUCACCAGGUAGUAGUGAAAUUCCUAAAGACCAAACACAGCUGUACACACACUUCCUCCUGAUUCAGACAAGCAUGAAGAACAUGAAAUACCAAGGAAUGAAAAAAGAAGAUCCACGCAAAUUGUCAGAAACAGACAAAGAGAUGAUCUUGAAGCUGGGACGUCUGGCUUUUGAAGAGUUACAAAAGGGAAAUCUGAUAUUCUAUGAAGAGGAAUUGAAAAAAUACGGUAUUGAUAUCAGUGAGGGUUCACAGUUCUCCACUUUGUGCACCGAGAUCUUCAAAGAAGAGGCCGGCUUCUAUAGUAAAACGAUCUUCUGCUUUGUGCAUCUGAGUGUUCAGGAGUUUCUUGCUGCCCUUUAUGUGUUGUGUUCAAACAUAAAUGAGGGUACAAAUGUUCUUAGUCCAGAACCCAGACAAAAAGAAAAAGUGAAAUUGUCAGAUGUUCUGAAGAGUGCAGUGACCAAAGCCAUGCAAUGUAAGAACGGAGAACUUGACCUGUUCCUCCGCUUUCUCUUGGGGCUUUCCAUUGACUCCAAUCAGAGGCUCCUGAAAGGUCUUCUGAUUCAAAAAGCAAGUAGCCCUCAAAGUAUUAAGGAGACUGUCAAAUUCAUUGAAGAAAAAAUCAAGACACAAAACACAACAGAGAGGACCAUCAAUCUGUUCCAUUGCUUGAAUGAGCUAAAUGACAACUCUCUGGUGAAGGAAAUGGAGACAAUUUUGCACACAGAAAAACUCUCAGACAAAGUUCUGAAGCCAGACCAAUGUUCAGCUCUGGCAUUUGUGCUACUGCUUUCAGAUGACAUCAUUAAAGAAUUUGAUCUCAGGGCAUUUAACACACAACAAGUAGGCCGCCAAAGACUUUUACCUGUUGUGAAGACAGCAAAGAAAGCCAUCCUUUCAGGGUGUAACAUUACACCUGACUCUUGUGAAACUGUGGCUUCUGCACUGAAGAUAGCAAACUCACCAGUUAGGGAGCUGGAACUGAGCUACAAUGGCUUUGGAGAUAAAGGAGUUGAACAGCUCCUUGCUGGACUAACAAGUCCACAUUGUUGGUUAGAGAAACUGAAUCUUGCUGGUUGCGGAAUCACAGACACAAGCUGCAAGGUACUUGCAUCUGUAUUAGAAACAGAAGGUUCCCACCUUACAUGUUUGGACUUAUCUUUCAACAAUCUAAAAGAUUCAGGAGUGAAGUUACUUCAGUCUGGCCUACAAAGUCUACACUGCAACCUACAAAAAUUGAGACUCAGAGAGUGCAUGCUUACAAAGACGUCCUGCAAGAGCCUUGCACAAGUGUUGGUUUCGACCACCACAAAGCUAACAGAUUUGGAUCUGAGGGAUAAUAACUUGAAGGAUUCUGGUGUAAAGUUCCUGUCACGUGGGCUAAAAAAUCAGAGCUGUAAACUCCAGGCACUCAGUCUGUCAGGUUGUCAGAUCACAAAGGAAGGUUUUAAAUCACUUGCUGAUGCUUUGGGUUCAAACCCAUCUCAUAUUCGAAAUCUUGACUUGAGCUACAACUAUCCUGGAGACUCGGAUAUGAAGCUUAUCCCAGGAAUAGCCGAGUCGUCAUUAGAAGUGAAACUGGACCAUGGAGGGGAAUCACGGAUCAAGUCAGGGCUGAGAAAAUAUGCUUGUCAACUUACUCUUGACUCAAACACAGCAAAUGGACAUCUGUGGCUCUCGGAGGACAAAAGACAAGUGUCUUGGGUUGAAGAGAAGAAGGAAUAUCCUGAGCAUCCUGGACGAUUUAAUCAUGUUUCUCAAAUUCUGUGCAAAGAAGGCCUUUCUGAGGAACGCUUUUACUGGGAGGUUAGUUGGACUGGCAAUGGGACCUACAUUGGUGUGACAUACAAAGCAGAAACUCUUGAUCAAGGAUGGAACACCGUGUUCGGACUGAAUGAUAAAUCGUGGGGGCUCGAGUGCGCAGACAAUGAGUAUAACAUCUGUCACAAUAAAAGCAAAACUUCCAUACCAUCCCCCUCGCAGUCACACACGGUGGGAGUUUAUCUUGACUGGAAGGGUGGAACUCUGUCUUUCUACAAUGUGACAUCUGGCAACCUCACUCUACUGCAUACAACACAUCAGACAUUCACUGAGCCACUUUAUCCAGGGUUUGGGUUUAAGUCCCAGCGCUCUACAGUGUCUUUGUGUAAAAUGGACAAGAAAUAAACUGGUAGGUGCAGAUGGGUCUCAAUGUGGGAAUAUGUAUCAGAAAAGCAGCCAGACAUCUUCUGUGAUGAGGAGCGGAGAGAACUAGUUUUAGUAGUUUUGCAGGACUGCAUUUUUAACAGUGUGUUGAAGAUAGCAUUUAGUAAGGUUUCUAAACUAUUUUUGGAUAUUUGUUGUAAAUAUUUAAAAGGACAUUUUAUUGUGUGUUAAGUCAUCAUUUUUAUCUUGUAUGCAUAUUUUAAAGGUAAAAUAUUGGUAUUUUAGUAUAUUUUAUUUUUUCAUUUUAGACCAAAGUAAAAUUAAAAUCCAAUGAGUUGUUCUACACAUCAAGUUAACAGGCUUAGCAUUAAUACACUUUUGUAUAUGUUGUAUAUGUACAUGUAUUAUAUAUUUAUUUAUUUUUGAUCAUGUUGUUUGUGACAAAAAAUCUGAUAAAAACUGUUGUUUAUCACUCA